AUGACCAUUGACUUCUACUACGUUCCGGGAUCUGCUCCAUGCAGAAAUGUCCUGUUGGCAGCCAGGGCUGUUGGCGUAGACCUUAACCUCAAACUUACAGACCUCAUGAAAGGAGAACACUUGACCCCAGAAUUUCUGAAGUUGAAUCCUCAACACACUGUUCCAACUUUGGAUGACAAUGGCUUCGUCCUUAAUGAAAGCCGAGCCAUAAUGUGCUAUCUCGCAGACCAAUAUAGCAAAGACGAUUCGCUCUACCCAAAAGACCCAAAAAAGAGGGCCAUUGUCAACCAGAGACUGUACUUCGACAUGGGAACUCUCUACUUAAGAUUUGGAGAACUAUAUUACCCAGUUAUCUUUGGUGGUGCGCCUUAUGAUGAGGAGAAAGCAAAGAAAUUAGAUGAAGCUUUUGGAUUUUUAGACGGAUUUUUGAGCAAAUCUGCUUAUGCUGCAGGAGACAACCUAACUUUGGCUGAUCUAUCUCUUGUUUCUACAGUCUCAACAGUUGAGGUUGUAAACUUUGACUUUUCAAAGCACCAGAAUGUUACAAAAUGGUUCAACAAAUGCAAAGAAACUAUUCCAGACUACGAGAAGUCUAACAAUGAAGGAGCUCAAGCAUUUAAAGCUUUAUAUGAAUCUAUGACAAAGAAAUAA